CCCCGGACAGCUAGCGGCUCGAGUGGUUCGGGGCGCGCGGGAGGUCCCGGAGGAGGACUGGAGAUGUCCUGUCUGUGCCGCCUCCUGCUCACAUACCUGUUCCCGGCCCUCCUGCUUCACGGGCUGGGAGAAGGUUCUGCUCUCCUUCAUCCAGAUAGCAGAUCACAUCCUAGGUCCUUAGAGAAAAGUGCCUGGAGGGCAUUCAAGGAAUCACAGUGUCAUCACAUGCUCAAACAUCUCCACAAUGGUGCAAGGAUCACUGUGCAAAUGCCACCAGCCAUCGAGGGCCACUGGGUGUCCACUGGCUGUGAAGUGAGGUCAGGUCCAGAGUUCAUCACAAGGUCUUACAGAUUCUACCACAAUAAUACCUUCAAGGCCUACCAGUUCUAUUAUGGUGGCAACCGCUGCACAAGCCCCACCUACACCCUCAUCAUCCGAGGCAAGAUCCGCCUGCGCCAGGCCUCCUGGAUCAUCCGUGGGGGCACAGAAGCCGACUACCAGCUGCACAGUGUGCAGGUCAUCUGCCACACGGAGGCGGUUGCCGAGACGCUCAGCCAGCUGGUGAACCGCACGUGCCCUGGCUUUGUCCCUGCUGGAGGUGCCUGGGUACAAGACGUGCCCUACGACCUACUGCAGGAGGAAGAUGGCUGUGAGUGCACCAGGGCCGUGAACUUUGCCAUGCACGAACUGCAGCUCCUCCGGGUGGAGAAGCAGUACCUGCAGCACCACCUGGACCGCCUGGUGGAGGAGCUCUUUCUUGGUGACAUCCACACUGAUGCCUCUCAGAGGACGUUCUACCGGCCAUCCAGUUACCAGCCCCCUCUGCAGAAUGCUAAGAACCAUGACCAUGCCUGCAUAGCCUGUCGAAUCAUCCACCGGUCAGAUGAGCACCACCCUCCUCUCCUGCCCCCCAAGGCUGACCUGACCGUUGGCCUGCAUGGUGAGUGGGUGAGCCAGCGCUGUGAGGUGCGGCCUGAAGUUCUCUUCCUCACACGCCACUUCAUCUUCCACGACAACAAUAAUACCUGGGAAGGGCAUUACUACCACUACUCUGACCCUGUCUGCAAGCAUCCCACCUUCACCAUCUAUGCCAAGGGCCGUUACAGCCGGGGUGUGCACUCCUCCAGGGUCAUGGGAGGAACUGAGUUUGUGUUCAAAGUGAAUCACAUGAAGGUCACCCCCAUGGAUGCGGCCACUGCCUCGCUCCUCAAUGUCUUCAAUGGGAAUGAAUGUGGGGCUGAGGGCUCCUGGCAGGUGGGCGUCCAGCAGGAUGUGACGCAUACCAAUGGCUGUGUGGCACUGGGAAUCAAACUACCUCACACGGAAUACGAGAUCUUCAAAAUGGAGCAGGAUGCCCGUGGCCGCUAUCUGCUGUUCAAUGGCCAGAGGCCCAGUGACGGGUCCAGUCCAGACAGGCCUGAGAAGAGAGCCACGUCCUACCAGAUGCCCUUGGUCCAGUGCGCUUCCUCUGUGCCCCGACCCGAGGACUUCUCUGAGGACCGCAGGGCUCACCAGUACGGGAGCCGGGCGCCUCGGAGCAGCACCUGUCCCCACUUCCUUGCUGUGCUUGCCUGCCUUUUGACUUUCCUGCACUGGAAUAUCUUCAGAUAGAAAUUGUUUUAAAGUUAUAUUUUUCCAACGCCGGUUUCCUUACAAUUUACAGUUUUUUUUCUUACAAAAAGAGAGGACACUGCUUUGGAUGCACUUGAGUGCCUGAGAACUGUCAUGCCUGUGCCUUUUCUCCCGGCUCGCCCCCGCUCUCCCAGCCUGAGUCUUGAGCAGCACUGUUUGAAGUUUCUGCUUUGAACUCUGUCCAGUCAGAUCCCUGGCCUGGGCGCCAUCACAAUAGUAAUUGCACUUUAAGACCACAGAGAGUUUGGGCUAGGAUGUUUGAUAGAGGGAGCGGGGUGAGAGCUAGGCCCUCUUCUUUUCUUCCUCUUAAUUGUUAUUAGCUUUCUGAGGUGAACUUAGAAGAAAUGAAUAACAAGCUACAGCUUUUUAUUGUGAUUGCUUCCUGCCCUCCUUUGAAACUCUUUUCUCUUCAGGUUUCACAACCUGGAAUCCAGUGCAGUUUUGUUGGUUUGGGACUGCAGUCCAGACACCUUUUAUUAAUAAAGAAGAGACUUGGGUGUAGAUAUGUACAUAGAAAAAGACACACAAUUUAGCUUAACCACCUUGACAGCCUUUAUGCACAAAAGGAGAGAAUCCAAACUUUCAAAUGUUGAGUGGAAAAAUACCUGUAAUUAAACUUUCAAUGUAAUUUAAACUAUUGUUGUUUUAGCUUGUUGGGAAAAGAGAUGGUGGUUAGAUGCUGGUUUCUGGGUGGUUCAGGAAAACUUGCUGCUUUCCUACCUGCUAAGAAGACAAGGGCAGCUGAGCAAGUAUCAAAGGCGGUCCUGUUCUCAGACAGACAGGAACUUGGGAUGGUGACAGUGUGUUAAGUGGCACAUGAAUGAUCAAGUGCCUGUUGGUUCCACAGUUUCUUCUUCAUGGUACCCUCAUCUUAGCUCACACUGUACCUAGUCAGGGUGAGCAGACAGUGCUUCACUCUGGUGUCUCUGUUACCUUCCGAGAUGCGCAUUCGGAGACCACACUGCUGUUUAAGGGCUGGACUGAUCAAAGAGAGUGCAUUCGGAGCUUCCAAGCCAGGUGCUCCAUUGGGCCCUUGAUUUGUGUGAAAGCCAGGCUUUGUGUAUAGUCUCCUUACCACGGGACAUGCCGACUUGACUCAGCUUCUGACCUGCCAUUGCCUUGGCUCCGUCACGACAGAUUCUCAGGUCACCUUAUACUGACUCUGUGAGCUGCUUUCUCACAGCCAACGGGAGGGCGCAUGAAUUAUGGCUGCCCAUUACUUUGGAUUAUUACAAAUGGUGCUAUUUGAACACGAAGUGUUACUUCCAGGAGAGACUGGUGGAGGGAAAUGAUGAGCCACUGAAAUCCUGGAUGUAGUAGCUAAAAGUGAAUAUGGAAACCAUGAUCAAGGUCAAGAGUCAUACUUGUAUUUAAGAAACAAGUUUAUGAAAUGCUAGAGCAUUUGAUGUGGUGUUAAGUUACAAGGAUGGCAUGGAGUACCAAAGUUCUUUAUCUUUAGGUUCUAUUUUAAGUUGUGCGUACUAAGGGGGUUAGUUCAAAUGAAAAGACUAACUUAAUAUCUGCCAAGUUUAAUAAACAAAGAUGUCAAAAAUACUCCCAGAAAAUACAUUUUACCUGUGGAUCUAUUUAAUUAAU